GACUGAUUCAUAGUAACUCCUUUAAAACAGAGUGGAAAGACACCACCCUCCUGCACCAUCGGAGGAAACUUAAACCACCACCAGGUCACUCCCCUUCACUACAGCUCCGCGCUCGGGACAUCAGCACUACAGCCCAGCGCGCUCCUGCUCCCACAGGUUCCUGGACCAGCCCCAGCCCACAAGAACUCUCGCUGUCGGUGAGACCACCUUGAAGGGACCCAAGAUGUUGGUGCUACUGGCUGGUAUCUUUGUGGUUCACAUCGCUACUGUCAUCAUGCUCUUUGUCUCCACCAUUGCCAACGUUUGGAUGGUGGGUUCUUCCAGCUUAGGAACAGCCUCAUCAGGACUCUGGCUACUGUGCAACAGGACCUGUGAGCAGCUGCCAGUCAGCAGCAGUGAUGAGGCUUCCCUCAAAGCCGUGCAAGCCUUUAUGAUCCUCUCGAUCAUCUUCUCUGUCAUCGCGCUUGUCAUGUUCAUUGUCCAGCUGUUCACCCUGGAGAAAGGCAAACGUUUCUACAUCACUGGAGCCAUCAUGCUGGUUUGCUGGAUGUGCAUUCUGAUUGGAGUCUCCAUCUACACAGCUCGAUUCACAGGCAAGUUGCCCCAGUCCACAAGUUCUCACCACGGCUACUGCUUCAUAUUGGCCUGGAUCUGCUUUUGCUUCAGUUUCAUCAUCGGCAUCCUCUACCUUGUUCUUAGGAAAAAAUAAGGCUGAUAGGAGUCUAAGGGAGAGGGUUGGCUACUGGGAAUGGGGAAGAAUUGCUCUGCUGAGAGAACUGUUGGGCCAAUAGACAGAAACAGCCACCAUCAUCACCACUGCCACCACCACAGAAAAAUCACUAACAAAGCUAGAAUCCUCAGAAACUCCUUCUCCAAAGAGAGGGAGAAACAGCUCCAACCGAUCUAGCACUCCUGGGGCUGUUCCACCAGAAAUCUGCAAGUGACCCGGACUGCUCUUCUCCUUUUCUGCAAAGUCAUGUCAUAACUUCACAAAGCUUCAAGCUCAGCAGCAAUGAUUGAACGGCACCACAAAAACAAGGGCUAUAUCUUUUUCCCUUUCUAGAGCCCUCCUCACCUUUCAGUGUGCCUUGUGGGCUGGGCAGUGAGGCUUAUAACCCCCUUUUUUUGUCCAUUGAAACAAAUGGGAUGGGCCUUUUGUUACAUUUAUAUAUAUAUAUAUACACAUAUAUAUAUAUAUGCACAUAUGUGAAAGUUAAAGACAUUAAAUUGAGAA